AAAUAAGUAAAGGAUGAGGUUUCAAGCGACCAUCAUAUUUGCGACACAUAUGACUGACUAUUUAGCUCCUCCAUUUUUCUUUAUAUUAUUUUAUUAUCUUUAAUUCUUUCUCCAAGAAAUAAAAACGAAAAUUUUGUUUCACAACACCAUUACCAUAACUACAACGAGAAGAGGAUCUUUUUAAGGAGAAAAGCAGAGAGAGAGAAGAGAGUGUGUCAAGUUUUUUUUUGUCUCUUGUUUCUUUUAUUACACACAAAUAGAUGAAACGAGGAAAGCUAAUUCUUUUGCUACUUCCAUAAAAAGGUUCUUCCUUUCGCAGAGAAUCAAGUUUGAUCAUCUUCUUUCUUCUUUCUUCUUUCUUCUUCUUUUUUUUCUCAUCUCCCUCCAUUAAGGCUUAUAUAGUCUUCUAUAUCUCUACCUAUACAUACACAAUCUUGUACCUCUUCUGGUAAUAUAUCCUCGCAAGCUUCCUGGUUAGGUUUUUGUCAAACCCUUUUCGCCAAUCGGGAAAUUAAUUAAACAAGAAGAUGGUGAGGGGCAAAACUCAGAUGAAGAGAAUAGAGAAUGCAACAAGCAGACAAGUGACUUUCUCUAAACGAAGGAAUGGUCUGUUGAAGAAAGCCUUUGAGCUCUCAGUGCUUUGUGAUGCUGAAGUUUCUCUUAUCAUCUUCUCUCCCAAAGGCAAACUUUAUGAAUUCGCCAGCUCCAAUAUGCAAGAUACCAUAGAUCGUUAUCUGAGGCAUACUAAGGAUCGAGUCAGCACCAAACCGGUUUCUGAAGAAAAUAUGCAGCAUUUGAAAUAUGAAGCAGCAAACAUGAUGAAGAAAAUUGAGCAACUCGAAGCUGCUAAACGUAAACUCUUGGGAGAAGGCAUAGGAACAUGCUCAAUCGAGGAGCUGCAACAGAUUGAGCAUCAGCUUGAGAAAAGUGUCAAAUGUAUUCGAGCAAGAAAGACUCAAGUGUUUAAGGAACAAAUUGAGCAGCUCAAGCAAAAGGAGAAAGCUCUAGCUGCAGAAAACGAGAAGCUCUCUGAAAAGUGGGGAUCUCAUGAAAUCGUGAUUUGGUCGAGUAAGAAUCAAGAAAGUACUGGAAGAGGUGAUGAAGAGAGUAGCCCAAGUUCUGAAGUAGAGACGCAAUUGUUCAUUGGGCUACCUUGUUCUUCAAGAAAGUGAUUCACUCAACAAAUAAAAACUGGUUUAGCAGUACUGAGAGUGUAUAAGGACAAGUAACAAAACUCUAAAGCUGCUUCUCUUGUUGUCUUAUUUCUCUUUCACUCUCUCUCAGUCAUUUCUUUAAUGAUAAAUGUUCUCUGCCAAAACUGAACUGCUUGUGUUAUGUAUCUAUGUUCUUACACUCGCCUCUACAGAAUGUAAUUUUUGAUUAUGUUUAGUUUUUAUG